UUUUUUGUUUUGCUCAGAUAAAGAACACAUCACGCAAAGAAAAAGAGAAAUCGAUCUAAAUUUAUUACGAAUUAGUAAACAAAGAAAAAUCAUUGUAAGAUAAAAUGUUCAAUUUAAUAAAGAAUGGUUUUAAUGGGAGUAGGUCCUCUAAUUUGUUAGGAUCACUCCUGACAAAGCGUUUUAUAUCAACAACUGAAAAUGUCCAUAGUUCGGAAAAUGUCUCAAAGGAAGGAGGCCGCAUUGGUGGAUUGCCAACAGAUUUGGUAAAUCAACAAAAAAUUAAAAAGACCACAAGAACUUUGUCAACACUUCAGAAUCAUUCAGUGCCAUUAGCAGCCAGAGUAACUGUUUCUAAAGAUGAAAGUCGUAAUUUCAUGGCAGUAUUUCCCGAUAUUGUCCGUGAUUUAACAGAAGCAGCAAACAGUUACAACUCAAGUGAUGCAUCAAAAUGGUUUGCUCGCGCUUUACAAUACAAUGUACCCAAGGGUAAGAAAAAUCGAGGAAUUCUUACCGUCUUAACAUACAAAAACCUAGUCAACUCCAAGGACAUUACAGAAGAAAAUUUAAAAUUGGCACAUAUAUUGGGUUGGUGUGUUGAAAUGCUACAAUGUUUCUUUAUAAUCAACGACGACGUUAUGGAUAACAGUUCAACCAGACGGGGUCAACCAUGCUGGCAUAAGAUAGACGAUGUUGGCUUGAUAGCUUUAAAUGAUGCUUUAAUGAUAGAAAGUGCAAUUUAUAUUUUAUUGAAAAAGUACUUCAGUCAUAUGGAUUGUUAUAUGGACUUAAUGCAACUUUUUCAUGAAAUCACAUUCAUUACAACUUGCGGUCAAAGUUUAGAUUUAUUAAACGCCAAUAAAAGUGUAACAUCAUUUGAUAUGGACAAAUAUAAUGCAAUUGUGGCUAAUAAAACAGCCUAUUAUUCAUUCUAUCUGCCGUUUGCCCUGGCAAUGCAUUUAGCUGGAAUAAAAGACCAGGAAGCUUUUCGGCAAUCAAAAACCAUUCUUUUAGAAAUGGGUCACUUUUUCCAGGUGCAAGAUGACUUCUUAGACUGUUUUGGAAAUCCCGAUAUUACGGGAAAAAUUGGCACCGACAUCCAGGACAAUAAAUGUUCAUGGUUAGCAGUAGUUUGUAUGCAAAGAGCAAAUGAAGAACAAAAGCAAAUCAUGUUAGAUUGCUAUGGAAAAACUGAUCCAGAUAAGGCAGCACGAGUUAAAGAAUUAUAUAAAACUUUAGGUCUCCCCAACACCUAUGCUAUUUAUGAAGAAGAAUCUUAUAAUAUGAUCAAGACUCAUAUCCAACAAACGUCACGAGGUGUACCCCAUCAGAUUUUCUUACAGAUUUUAAACAAAAUCUAUCAGCGAGAUUCCUAAACAUUUUUGAAACUAGUCGUAUGCAUAUUAUGAAUAAAUAGCCAUUUACACAUGAUCAAUAAUUUAUACACAUGUUUAUUUUAAAUAUUAAAAACAUAUUUACAUACAAUUUUGAAAAUAAAUGAAAUUAUAUUUUUAACUUUUA